CCUUAUCAUUUUCGUCAGCCCCGCUGAUGCAGCCAAGCUACAUCAGUCAUCGCUGAUACGGUCGCCCAUGACUCAGCAGCGCUGCUUCUUGCGCCACUAUUGCUCUAGUGGCCACGUUAGGUGCCGGUGUCUGCUCCGCCUGUUCCUUCAAUUACCGAAAGAUUUCUUUUUGUGUGGACAAUUCUAAGCUAAUUAAGAGAUAUGUGGUGGUUCGUGGUGACGGUGCUGGUAGUGCUGUUGACAGCGCUGAUAUUGCACGCUUGGAGGAAACAACAUUACUGGCAGAGGAGAGGAGUACCCGUGCUUCCCUACCUGCCUCUGGUUGGACAUUCCAUGUACAACAUGAAUGUGCUCAAACCUCGACACCUUUGGAGGGAUGAGGAAUACCUCAAGUCUCGCGGAGAAAGAUACGUCGGACUUUACGAUUACCUCACCCCUUCCUUAUCGAUACAAGACCCACAACUUAUCGUCUCGAUAUGUAUUAAGGAUUUUGACCACUUCGUCGACCGCCGUAAUAUGGACCUGACAGGCACAGAUUCUGAGGUGAUGAACGACAUUCUCACUAACGCAACAGGUAAUCACUGGAAGCACAUCCGAAACCAGCUCACCCCCACUUUCACCUCGGGCAAGAUGAAGGAUAUGUUCCACCUCGUGCAGGAACAAUCAACUACGUUGAUGAGCAGCUUGAGACAGCGCAGAGAUGCAAAUUUUCUUGUGGACGUCAAAGAAAGCUUCAACAGCUUCACCAUGGAUGUAAUAGCGUGUUGCGCCUUUGGUCUUGAGACGAACACGUUGCGUGGCGAAAACAAGGAGUUCAUAGAAAAAGCUGCAAAUUUGUCCAAGCUUACAUUUAAGGCAAUGGUAAAGUUCUUCUCGUUCCUGCUAUUCCCAAAACUGGUUAAGUUUUUGCGAAUUAGUUUGGCAUCUCCUUCCUUGAUUUAUAUGGAAAAAGUGGUUCGGGAUACAAUGGCUGCUAGGACCAAUGGAGUUCGCAGAGGUGACUUUUUGGACUUGCUGCUGGAUGCCAGGGAGUCGACGAAGGAACAUGAGGGCGAGGUCGAUCCUAAUGGGAUGAAAAAAGGCGGAUUGAAGGACUCGACCAUCGUGGCGCAGUGCAUCCUCUUCAUCCUAGCGGGCUACGACACCACUGCCAACACCCUCUGCUUCGCCGCAGCGCUCCUCGCCCGCAACCCUCAAUGUCAGGCUCGUCUCAGGGCGGAAGUCGCGGCCAGAAUUGAGGGUAACGAGGGCGGCAAACUCACCUACCAGGACGUCAUGGAGUGCAAGUACCUCGACGCUGUACUCAGUGAAACGCUGCGCAUGUAUCCUCCGGCUCAUCUGUUGGAGAGAAAAUGCACCAAGGACUACAGCGUGCCCGACUCGGACGUGAAGAUCACGCAGGGUAUGUUCGUGACCGUGCCCGUGUACUCCCUGCACCGCGACGAGCGCUACUUCCCCGACCCCGACACCUUCCUACCCGACCGCUUCAUGCCCGCUACUAAGAACGACAUCCCGUCCGGGGUGUACCUUCCCUUCGGGGCUGGCCCCCGUAUGUGCAUCGCGGAACGCUUCGCUCGCAUGGAGGCACGACUCGCACUCGCUGACCUCAUCAUGAACUUUGACCUCUCAGUCGAGCCGGGGUCAGAGGAGCUCAAAGUUGCCAAGUCGUUCGGCAUCCUGCGACCUGAUCCUGCGAGCCUGAACCUCAUCUUGAGAGACGCGGCAUCCAGCGCGGCCGGUGCCACAGGCGCUGCCUAGCAUAUUCUGAGUUCUACCUAAAUUCUUGAUUUUCGCCUUCGUGUUUCGAUGUUGCGUCCAGUAAAUGUUAGUUACAAAGUCUGAAAUACAUUUGAUUCAUUAUGCCGCACCUCUGAUGCGGACUGUCAUCCACAGCCAGAGACACGAGUAAUGGAUUGGCUUUUGUGUUCGUCGAGGCGGCUAUAUUCGUCAUGGGUGAAGUGAUUACUCGGUUAUUUUGCUUUAUUAAUUAUGAUAACAUAUUGGACCACAUAGUAUGUGGUACUACAAACUGAGUAGUACCGUGACCUGACGCUGCAGGCUUGCUGCGACUAUCGUGAAUCCAUGAGUGGCAUCCUGCGUAUGGGGCCCCGACAGUUCAUGAAUACAAAGACGUAAAGCUUGAUGGUUGUGUCUAGAAGGCUAAUAGAAUUAUAUAGGCUGUGCAGAGAGCCCUCGUAUUAGUCUUUUCAGCAGUGGCUGGUUAAUGUUGAGAAAAGAUGCAGAUGAAAUUGAUAUCUGAUAAACUGAAACCCACCAAACAACUAUUGAAUUAUCUUCUUGUACGGUAAUGGUAAAUAAAAAGCAUGGGACGUAA